AUGUCGACACCGCCAGCGGCUGCGACAAGCCCGAAGAGCGAGAAGAGUCCUGCCAAGAAUACGGCCAAAAGUCCCUCAAAGAGCCCCUCAAAAAGCCCCCCUCAACAUGCGCAGGUGAAUGUUGGAGAUACCGGCAUUCUGGAACCUACGCAUUGGCAGCAGCUUGCCGAGGAGGAGAAUGCCAACGCAGACGAUGAUGCUCAUUCGCUGAGCGAAGAAAGUCUCGCGUCCUCAACAGAUUCAGUGUCUUCUAGUAUUUUCGAAUAUCGCAAGCUCCAUGGGAGGACAUAUCAUAGGGAAAUUGGCAGUUCGCAGUACUGGGCUGCAAACGAUGAAAGACAAAGCGAACUACUCGACAUCAAUCACCACUGUCUGACCCUGGGUAUUGGAGGAAAGACGCACCUCGCGCCCCUUGACACUGAGAAAAUUACAAAAGCACUUGAUAUUGGAACCGGUACCGGUAUUUGGGCUUUAGAUUUUGCCGAUGAGUAUCCUAACGUUGAGGUUAUCGGCACCGAUGUAUCGCCAAUCCAGCCCUCCUGGGUGCCACCGAAUCUGCAAUUUGAGAUCGAAGACUGUACCCAAGAGUGGACAUUUGCUCCCGACUCAGCUGACUACAUCCAUAUCCGCUGGCUUAUCGGCAGUAUUCCUGACUGGUACAAGUUCUUCCGUGAGGCCUACAAAACCUGCAAGCCAGGUGGUUGGGUCGAGAGUUUCGAACCUUCGGGUAUUAUCACCAGCGACGAUGACACAGUGAAGGAGAGCUCUGCGCUGGGCCAGUGGGGUAAGCUGUUCAUCGAGGGAGCCAAGAAGCUAGGUGUGAGCUUCUCUAUAUAUGAAGAAGAGCUGCAGCGGAAAGCCAUGGAAGCUGCUGGCUUUGUUGAUAUCCAGCAAUUCGAGUACAAGACUCCAAUUGGCGGCUGGCCCAAAGAUCCAGCGCUGAAAGAGCUCGGCCAGUUCGGCAAGCUUGCCUUCCUUGCUGAUCCCGAAGGGUUUGUGCUUUUUGUAGCUAACACAAUCGGUUGGACGGAGUCGGAAAUUCAUGUGUUCCUUGCGCAUGCUCGGAGGGAGAUUCACUCGGGCAAGCAUCAUCCUUACUACAAGCAGCGAGUUGUUUGGGGCCGUAAGCCUGAAGAGUAA